AUGCACUAUCCUGUUGAAGGCAUCAAAAAGAUGCAUGAAAUUAUAGAUACAGGCCUACUCUAUAGUCCACUUAUGUCUACCAAAUACGGAAUGAAUUAUAUGAUCAGCUACUGGGACAAUGCUGGUGACUUAAUUUCUCUUUACACUGAUAAUGACAUCUAUGAGUGUGUCGUAAGUCACCAAAGAGAAAAUAAGGAAAGAGCUUCUCUAAUUAUUCACUCAGCAGACGAGAGAAAGGAACUUAUUCAAAAGAACCGCAAGGAAUCAUUGAUAUCAAUUUCAGUAUUUGUAGCUGUUUUCGUACUUGCAACGUUGGGUGAAUUCUAUGCGAAUUCUAAUGGAAAGAAAUCUACUAAGCAAUAA